GGGGAUGGACGUUGACGAGAUCUUGCCUGCUGCUGGAGAGGGGAGGGAGAGGGAUGUGAGGCAAAUGAGGGACGGGGAGGUGGAGAGGGUGUUGUUGAAAGAUGAUGAUUAUGAGGUUGCUGUUGUUGGAGAGGUCCCUGGGGAAGUGAAGACUCUGUUGGAGAGUAUCAACCUGCAAAAAGAGCCCGUAAGAGGAGCGAUCGACGACCGUACUGGCUUCGCUUUCCUAACGCUGUUUGACCGUGACGCACGCACACACCCCCCCGCCACAGCUCAAGUGUAUACUUUCCCCCUCCCACCCGCGCGAUCUGGUACACUCGCACACGCAGCGCUCGUACCACAUCAAGCGCGCGAGCCGGGGCUACUCGUCGUCCUCCCCGAAGGGGAGGCCCGCUAUUGGGACUCGGUAACGCGGGCGCUUACGAGCAGGGACAAGUUUGCCAGUGUCGUUCUGAGCUUAUCGGAGGGGGAGGAAGUGAACGGUGUUUGGCGCUGGGAGAACGCAGUCUUCUUGCUUUCGACUACGUUGGGCAAUAUUUCCCGGCUGAUGCUCACGAGUACGAAUAUGGGACGGGCGUUGGUGGCCAGCUCGCCGUUUGCUCGCCCGAGGGGAGGGCUGACGAGGCUCUUCUCCCGUGCUCAGGUGCCUGGGUCUCCAGCAGUUGUAGGGCUUGCUGUCGUUCCCGAUCCGGCUAGAGGCGCGGACGUGUGGAUCGCAAAGGCCAAGAGCGUAGAGCUGUGGCGGUUGGAGAGGGAGGGGGGAGAGCACCUCGUGUUGGAGGUGAACAUGCAGGAACUUCUGUCCACUGCGCUCCCUGCGCAGGAGGACAGGUCCUUCUGGGAUGUGCAGCUGCUUGAUAUCGCGGCGCUGAAAGACGGCACGCCGGCUGUAGCGUUCGCAUGCACUCUCACUACACCUGGAUAUGUGUGGUCCAGCACUAAGCCACCAUCCUAUGCUGUUGCCACGCUAGCACAUGCCGGAAGCUCGGACUUGCAGGUCUCCAGUCUGAGGGAGUUACAGUACUCCACGCCAUCUACUCUCCCCUCCGCCGACGUUUCCCUCACCGCACCCCAAGGAGGCACAACCGUCUUCGUCCAAUUCCCCGAUACGGUCAUCUCCUUCACCCUCAUACCCGGCUCGGUAUUCUACGAAGAUAUCCCCCUGCGGGACCUAAGCGAGAACCGCUACUUGGGGCAUAGUACCGAUUCCCCUGUAGAAGGACAAAUGACGUGCCUUACUGCUCUGAGUGGCCUUGUCUCCCUCACGGUCAAUGUCCCAAGCGUCACUGCAAAGGCGCAGAUGAUGUUGCACGGCGUGAACCGGGAAGAGGUCGCUAACGGCCGGCUUAAAGAACGCAUCGAACAUGCGGUAUACUACGGAGGGUCAUCAGCCAACCCGCUGUCCUUUGACUUCCGCAGUCCUGACAUCGAGGGCGACCUGGCUGCGGCGAUCGAAGAGAUCAGCACGGAAAUCGUCUCCUCUUCGUACAAGUACAAGCCUGUGGUCGCUGACCUGGACAGGCAACUUGAGGAACGACUCGAUACUGCAAAAGAGUUGAUCGGUUUUAUCGACUCCAAUCAUCUGCUCAGCAGACUGUCCGUUACCGCACGGUGGAAGAUUUGCAUGGACGGGGAGAAGAUUGCGGCUGCUAAGCAGCUAUGGACGCUGCAUGAAGAUGAAUUACGGGAGAACCCGAGAUCAGUAUUGUCGACGGUCUUGUCUGACGCUAUUGAUAGAAUUUCAGCAAAGCAGCAGGGAGAUGGUGCCGAGUCGGGUAUACGGCCAUUCCUACAGGACAAGAUCGGCGAGAUCGGAAAUCUUCCACAUGGAAUUGGCGAGCUUGUUGAACAGGAACGGCAUUCCGCUGAUUCCCUCCAUCGGGCAAACAUUACCCUCGAAGCUGACAGUCUUGUUGUGACCCUCCUAACGGCAGCACAAGAAUAUAGAAGCGAACAUUCAGUUCGAUACGGUAUCUCGGAAUUCAGCAGCCCUGUACCGGUCUGGACAGAGACGAAAGAAAACAUCGACCUUCUCUACCUGUUGAACGAACGGACCAAAGAAGACUACCGUUCGGUCUACGAGAUCAACCUGAAUAACCCUCCUUCCAAUUCAUCACGCGCAGAGAUUAAGAACUUGCAGGAGCAGCUGAAAUAUCAUUUGCUCUUUGUGGCGCGCACGUACUUCCGCGUUGUACGGAAUUGUUUGUCCCACUUUGAACAUUCACAAGGCGAGGACAGUACAGAGGCCCGAAACCUGCAGGUUCAACACGUGGCACAGCGAAAAGGCAUCAUCAUGGGUCUCGUUAAUAUGGGACACGGCCAAGCUGCUCUGGAUAUUGCCGAAGAGGAAAAAGACUGGGAGACGCUGGUCGAUCUCUGCACUGAUGAGGAACUGGGGGCCACGUCGGCUUUGCUGGAGAGUUAUAUCCUGAAUCAUGGCGAAGCAUUCGCGUUUGAGCUGUACCAACGGUACUAUCAGACAGGAAAAAUAUAUCAACUCUUGCAUAGGAACGCCAGAGAGGAAGUUCAGUUGCUCGAUCGUUUCCUGCAGCAGAGCGGAUAUCAUCGGAUAUCAUGGAUUCAUGAUAUCACAAUGGGUAACUUUCAGCUCGCUGCUGGUGCUUUGAUGGUGGAAGGCAAGGCGUCAACAAAAACCAUCGACAGAAAGACUAUGUUGAGUCUGGGCAAGGUCAGUGAACUGGCUCAACAUACUGCUAAGAUAUACAAGGAAAAUAAUCUUGCCAUAGCUGGACGGUACGACAAGGGUUUGGAGAUGGUGACGGUACACGAAACCUUGGCCGAGGAGCUUGCCGAGAACAUAGCCCUUGGACAUCUCGCUCAACCAGACAUCAUGGCCGAUACAAUCGCAGAGAGGAAGGCGGCACGACUGGGAACCUCCGCGUUAGUCGACGUGUUCAAAGCGGCGGUGAAGCAUGUCAUGCAUGGCGAUAUUCUUUCUAUCGAAGAUUUGGUGGAUGUCUUGACACUGAAGGACAACCAACGUGGCGAGUACAAAGACUACGGAACUGCACUGAAAGCUUUCGAACAGUCUGAGGCCGAAAUGCCAACGGCACGUGCGCAAUUGACUCUAGAAGCCCUCUGGCGACGAAUAUAUCUCCACGACAACUGGAGAGAACUCAAGCCAAGCGACGACAUGUCUGACGUUGAACGACAAGCACGAUUGAGAGGGACCGCCGCAUAUGCCACACUUUGGGCUACAGUAGACGGCCUCGAUCCCAAGUACUUCCUCCGACCUGCGAACUGUCGACGCGUCCCCACGGACGAUGAGUGCCGAGCUCGAUUCGAGAAUUACACUUCACAACAAGUGGCGGUCCUCCAGCAUGCGCUAGAGCAAGAAAUCGGGCAACUGGAAGAUAUCUUUACUGAGGAGGGUCCUGAUUCCCCGAGGAUGGGCCUCGAGUACUUGUACGAUGAGACUUUCGCUUUGCUGGGCCUGGAUAAGGAAACGCGCAUGUCGCAGUAACACGAGGGCUUACAAAGUAGGGAGAAUACGAUGAACUCUUGGAAUGCAUGCUCUGCUUUCCAAUCCGCUUUGUAUCGCUUCCAUGCCAUCUUCAGACCAGGCCAGAGUGAGGAAUAAAUCCGCUGAUACCACUCUCGUGUGUAAGCCAAGUUAGUUUGCUUAUGAACUUCGGCCCAUCUGGCGUAGAACUCCUGCAGCGCCUGUUCUUGUUCGAUCUCCCUGAUUGCAAUUUCAUCCGGUGGGGCAGUGGACGCAAGAGGAGGAAAUUGAUCGAGCACUUCUUGCUUCGCCGCGAAAAACUGCGUGUUGUUUUGAGUCCAAAACGACUGAUUGAAAGCAUCCAACUCCUCCUGUCGUAGCCUCCACUGAAGUGCAUCUCCCUCUUCUUCUAUCGCUUCCUCAUGCUGGAUAGAACCAAACUCAUCAACAGCAUACGGCGUUAGCGAUGCCCGCGAGCUGGCUGUUGCUCCUCGGGGUGGUCCGUACAGCACUGGGCGUAGGUUUGAUGCAGCGUCGGGUGGGCCAACCAAAGGACGACGAUAAGUCGCUAUCCCUCUAGAGAGAACGCGGACAGCCGUUCUUGAUGGUAGGCGUGGGACAUGC